GAAACGAAACUGGGGCCGAGCGACGGCGACGGCUGCGGCGGCGGCGGCGCGAUCUGGCGGCCUGACGCCCCUUCCCCCUCUCCCCUCCCCGGCAGCUCGCCCCCACCCCGCAGCUGACAAUGAAGAGAAGAGGCGAAGGAGAGUUCAGCAGCCCCCAGAAGAAGCAGAAGAAAAGAGCUGCUGAGCUGGGCUUGACCCUCAGUUCCACAUCAGAUGAGGAACCCCCUCCUUUUGGCAAUCAUGGCCCACAAGAGUCUUCCACCAGCCUAAGUGGAUCUGACAGUGAGAAUGAGGAGAAAAGACCUGUGUCUAGCUCCUUCAGCAAUGACUUCAAAGCUGACUCCCUUGUGGAGGGCACCUCCUCCCGUUAUUCCAUGUACAACAGUGUUUCCCAAAAGAUGAUGGCAAAGAUGGGCUUCCGAGAAGGUGAAGGUCUGGGCAAACACAGCCAGGGUCGGAAAGACAUUGUUGAGGCCUCUAAUCAGAAAGGUCGAAGAGGCUUAGGGCUGACACUAAAAGGUUUUGACCAGGAACUCAAUGUGGACUGGAGAGAUGAACCAGAGCCAAGUAUCUGUGAACAGGUGUCAUGGUUCCCAGAAUGCACCACUGAAAUUCCUGAUACCCAGGAAAUGCGUGAGUGGAUGACUGUGGGAAAGAGGAAGAUGAUAAUUGAAGAUGAAACUGAAUUUUGUGGGGAAGAGCUUCUGCACAAUGUCCUGAAGUGCAAGAGUGUGUUUGAUGACUUGGAUGGAGAGGAGAUGCGGCGAGCUCGGACCAGGUCCAAUCCCUAUGAAAUGAUCCGGGGAGUCUUCUUCCUAAACAGAGCAGCAAUGAAAAUGGCCAAUAUUGACUUUGUAUUUGAUCGUAUGUUUACGAACCCAAAGGACUCAUUGGGGAAACCCCUGUUGAAGGACCGGGAUGCAGAGCUUCUGUACUUUGCUGAUGUAUGUGCAGGCCCUGGCGGCUUCUCUGAAUAUGUGCUUUGGAGGAAGAAGUGGCAUGCAAAGGGCUUUGGAAUGACCUUGAAAGGGCCCAAUGACUUCAAGCUGGAGGAUUUCUAUGCAGCUUCCAGUGAACUCUUCGAACCCUACUAUGGUGAGGGCGGGAUUGAUGGAGAUGGAGAUGUUACUCGACCAGAGAACAUCACCGCUUUUCGAAAUUUCGUUCUGGAUAACACCGAUCGCAAGGGUGUGCACUUUAUGAUGGCUGAUGGGGGCUUUUCUGUGGAGAAGCAAGAAAACCUGCAGGAAAUCCUCAGUAAGCAGCUAUUGCUAUGCCAGUUUCUCACAGGACUGUCUGUUAUCCGCACAGGAGGCCACUUUGUCUGUAAAACCUUUGAUUUGUUCACGCCAUUCAGCGUGGGACUCAUCUAUCUGUUGUACACCUGCUUUGAACGCGUGUCUCUUUUUAAGCCUGUCACCAGCCGGCCUGCCAACUCAGAGAGGUACGUGGUGUGCAAGAGUUUGAAGUCUGGGAUUGACGACGUGCGGGAAUAUCUCUUCAAGGUAAACAGCAGGCUCAAUCAGCUUCGGAAGAGUGACAUGGAUGUCAACCUUGUGGUCCCCCUGGACGUGAUCAAGUCAGACCCUGAAUUUACUGACUACAUGAUCCGAUCCAAUGAGAGCCACUGCAGCUCGCAGAUCAAAGCCCUGGCCAAAAUUUAUGCCUUUGUCCAAGACUCGACUCUUAGUGAACCACGCCAGGCAGAAAUCCGGAAAGGGUGCCUUCAGCUCUGGGGGAUUCCAGAUCAAGCCAGAGUUGCUCUCUCUUCUUCAGAUCCAAAGUCUAAGUUCUUUGAAUUGAUAAAGGGCACUGACAUUGAUAUCUUCAGCUAUAAGCCUACUCCACUCAACUCCAAAACCCUGGAUAAAAUUCGCUGUGUUCUGGACUACCGCUGCAUGGUGUCGGGGAGUGAGCAGAAGUUUCUCAUUGGCUUAGGGAAAUCCCAGAUCUACACAUGGGAUGGCCGCCAGUCAGACCGUUGGACAAAACUGGACCUCAAGACGGAGCUGCCCCGGGACACGCUGCUCUCAGUGGAGAUUGUUCAUGAACUGAAAGGCGAGGGUAAGGCUCAGCGGAAGAUCAGCGCAAUCCACAUCCUUGAUGCACUGGUGCUGAAUGGCCAAGACAUCCGGGAGCAGCACUUUAACCAACGAAUUCAGCUUGCUGAGAAGUUUGUGAAAGCCGUUUCCAAACCCAGCAGGCCUGACAUGAACCCCAUCAGAGUGAAGGAGGUGUAUAGACUGGAAGACAUGGAGAAAAUUUUUGUCAGGUUAGAAAUGAAGGUCAUCAAGGGCUCACAUAAUAUGCUUCGACUCAGCUACACCGGACGGGAUGAUCGACACUUUGUGCCCACUGGCCUCUACAUUGUCAGGACUACAAAUGAACCCUGGGCCAUGGCAUUCAGCAAAAGCUCUAACAGGAAGUUUUUCUUCAACAAGACAACGGGGUUUUCUACUUUUGAAAUGCCUCUGGACGCCAUUGCUCCAUUUCACAUCUGCUACUAUGGGCGGCUCUUCUGGGAGUGGGGCGAGGGUGUCCGAGUACACGACUCUCAGAAGUGCCAGAAUCCUGAGAAAUUGUCGAAGGAUGACAUCCUCUCCUUCAUUCGGGAACACAGUGUCUGAGGAUCCAGCCCAGGAGAUCGUGGCCACCCCUGAGGACCCUUGGCUACUGUCUGAGAAAGGAGGGAGGGGGGCUGAUUGUCCUAUUUGGAGCAAGAUAACAGCAGAUAAGACAGGUCACUUCCUCCUUAGAGGAGAAAGAGUGGCAUUCAGUGCACAUCAAGGAUAAGGCGAUGACCCUCUCACCCCUGCGCAUCCUGGAUUAUAUCUUUCCCUUCCCCCUAGGACACUUUGUGAGUAUUUGGGAGGAGCUAAGGAAGUUGGUAUUGCUUUUGCUCUUGGUAUAGCCCUUUCACUUCCCAUCCUCGGAAGGACACGGUGGGAACUUGCUCCUUCAGGAGCAUGGCCUAGAAUGAAGCUGUCCCCCUUGUUUGGUCAUUAGAGGGUCAAUUCCUGGGUAUGUUGGCUGGCUUGGGAGCAGAGGCAGAAGUUUUAGGGCACCUGAUGAAAUAUCCUUGCUGAAGUAUCAGAGCUCCUGGAGUUUCUUGCACUUCUCCUGGCCUGAUCCUGGCCUUUUGUUUGGGCUUUCCUGGGAGUCCUUCCCUUUCAACCAAGUAGCUGAAGAAGUACUCAGCAGGAUCAUGAGCAGAGGAAGAAGGACUGUGACUGUUGGACAUGUCAGUUCAUGUAUCUACCCCUUGCCCUUGCCAGCUCCCAGAACCUGACCUCUGAUAGACUUUUUUCCUUUUUUUUUUUUCCUCCCUUUCACUUCAAUGUGAAUGUCCACUGGACUAUCCAGAACUGCCUCCUACCCCAUCCCCACUUCUGGUAGGGGGGAUUUGCCCAAGUAGGGCAAACAACUCUAAAAGUUGAUGAAGCAGCUGCCAAAUGUUGCCCAGGCAUCUUGUCCAGGAAACAGUGGCCCUGCCUGUGCCCUGGAGGAGUACCUUUAAUUGUGGGUGAAGGGAUCAGUGCCCACAGGAGUCCCUGUGGGAUACUGUCCUGUCACAGCAUGAUGCCCAGCCCGGGGGCUUGGCCCAGGUCUCUGUGUGUUGCCAAAGAUAAGAUGCUGGGAGGGUUUGAGUGGAGUUUCUCAGGCCCGAGAUCAUUCUCCUCCUCUCUUUUCUCCGCCAACAAAAGGCACAACUUGCUUUCAUGGGGUCUUCAACUCCCACCUCUCCCAUGCACACAGCGGGUAGGGACCGUAGGUCCUCAGUGGAGGAAGGAAGCACGUCUGUGAGCUGUUUGAUGAGAAGCUCGUCAGUGCUCUGUAUAGCAAACUGAUAAUAUAGUUCGCUCUGCCUUCCCUGGGGCCCAGGCUGGAGGGCCCGAAGUAAAGAUUCCCUUUGCUGGGCUUGUUUCCAUGGUGAUAGGCAGAAGGUUGCAGGGUGGGGGAGUGUCUCCACUGUGUCCGUGGGGUGGACCACCAGUCUUCCUCUAUCCUGCAUUUGGUAGUAGUAGCCCUGCCUACCAAGGUAGCUUAUUUCCACCCAGUACUGGGUUAGGGGUAUGUGUACGUAUCUCAUGGCGCCUCAGAUCAUUAAAGGAAAAAGAUAUUUUUAAAA